GAGCCCUUCAUCUCUCAGCGCCUCCUCUUCCUCUUCCUCUCCUCCCUGCUCCUUCUGACUCUCUCCUCCAUGUUGGUCUGUGAUGGAGGCAGAGUGCUGGUGGUGCCUAUGGAGGGGAGCCACUGGGUCAACAUGAACUUCCUCAUCGGGGCCUUACACGUGCGAGGCCACGCCGUCACCGUCCUGCGCUCCAGCCGGAGCUGGUACGUGGCGAAGGAGUCGGCUCACUACAGCGCCAUCACCGUGCCCGUGAGCGAGGGCCUCAACGAGGACUUUGUGAACCCCAUCAUUAAGAGACUGAUUGAGGCACAGAGGAGCAACAGCUCCAUGCUAAACUUCGUGGGUCUUUACGCAGAAACGUUUGAGGCCAUGGUGAAGGCCACCCAGAUAACGUGUGAAAUGGCUACAAACAUGUUCGAGGAUAAGGCCUUGAUGAGGACUCUGAAUGAGAGUGGGUUCGAUCUGGUUCUGACUGACCCUAUUGUGGGCACUGGCAUAAUGUUGGCUCACUACCUCCGUCUCCCUCUAGUCUACAAUGUGAGGUGGAUCACAAGUGGUGAGGGCCAUCUUGGAAUCGCACCCUCACCGCUGUCCUACAUCCCCAUGACUGGACUCGGCUUCUCGGACAAGAUGUCCUUCCUGGAGCGGACUAAGAACAUGCUCUUCUACCUGCUGAAUGACCUUCACCACCGGCUCAAACUAAAACCACAGUAUCAGGCCAUCUGCGACCGCUACUUGCACGCGAAGGUCGAUUUCUACGAGCUUCUGCAGGCAGCAGAUAUCUGGCUCAUGAGGGUCGACUUUGUGUUCGAGUUCCCACGGCCGACGAUGCCCAACGUCGUCUACAUCGGGGGGUUCCAGUGUGUGCCGGCAAAACCCCUCCCUGAAGAGCUCGAGCUGUUUGUGGAGAGCGCGGGCGAGCAUGGCGUUAUUGUCAUGUCCCUCGGUACGUUUGUGAAAGAGUUGCCCGCCGACAUGACUGACGAGAUAGCGGCCGCUUUUGCUCAGCUGCCUCAGAAGGUCAUAUGGAGGCACGCAGGCAGAAGACCCCCUGUCCUCGGUAACAACACCUUACUGGUCGACUGGAUGCCACAGAACGACCUCCUGGGCCAUCCCAAAGUAAAACUCUUCGUAGCUCACGGAGGAACAAACGGUAUCCAGGAAGCGAUGUACCACGGGGUUCCGGUCGUAGGCUUGCCUUUGUACUCCGACCAGCUCGACAACCUCGUCCGGCUUAAGGAGCGCGGAGCGGCAAAGAUUCUUUCCCUCGGUACCGUGGACAGAACCAGUUUCUCACAGGCCUUACGGGAGGUGCUCCACAGGCCAACGUACAGGGCCAACAUGCACAGGCUGUCCAGGCUGCACAGGGACCAGCCAAUCAAGCCCCUGGACCGAGCCCUCUUCUGGAUCGAGUUCGUCAUGAGACACGGAGGGGCCGGCCACUUGCGGACAGAGUCGUACAAGUUGCCUUGGUAUUCGUAUCACUCCGUAGACGUGGCUGUGGUUUGGCUCACUGUUGUGCUCAUCCUGUCUGUCCUUAUGGUUGGGCUGGUUAGAGGCUUGUGUGCAAGACUUUGCUGCACAGCGCGAAAAAACAAAAAAGACUGAGUUAACUGAUCACAGCAUCAGAUUU